UCCGGACAAUCGUAUGCUGAUAAGACGUUCCAGGCAUACGAUUGCCGGGACCAGCUCAUCUUGUAGAAAAGCAGCAACUAUUGUCUACUUGACCAACUAUAAAAAGCAAUUUACUUGAAUAUUUCAAUUUGUUGAAAACAAUGGCAAGCACACCCCCAAACACGAACCUGUUCGCAGCAAUUGACAUGGGAACUAACUCAUUCAAACUCCUCGUGAUCCGCGCCGAUCCCACCACCGGCCGUUUCCUCACCGUCGACCGUCUCAAACACCCUCUCAUCCACCCCCUCUCCGCCGCCACCACCGCUGCCUCUCUCCGCCAAUUCAAGCAAAUCAUCGACUCUAAACACAUCCCACCGUCCAAUUACCGCAUCGUCGCCACGUCAGCCGUCCGUGAGUCACCUGAUCAAGCACUUUUACUCAAUCACCUCCACCAAACCCUAGGGUUACAGGUGCAAGUGCUGACUGGACAAGAAGAGGCGCUGCUUAUUUACCGAGGUAUUCGACAAUUUUAUCCUGUAAAUAGCAAGUCUGUAUUGGUUAUUGAUAUUGGUGGUGGAUCAACUGAGUUUGUUAUUGCUGAAUCGGAUUGUGUUCAUUUUUCGACUUCGUUGAAGUUAGGUCACGUGACUUUGAGUCAGCGGUUUGGGAGUGUUGAUGAUGUUGCUAGUUUACGCGAUUAUGUUAGAGGUGUUGUUCGUGAGUCUGGAUUAGUCGAGGUUGUUAAGCGGUACGGUUUUGAUGUUGUGAUUGGAUCAUCGGGGACAAUUAAGGCGAUUGAGAAGGCCGUGUUUUGUAGGUAUGGUAGUGAGGUGAGUGAUGUGUUUGCGGAGUUUGAUGAGUUUAGGAGGGAGUGGAGGUUUAGUAAGGAGGAGUUGAGGGGUGUGGUUGGGAGUUUGCUGGGGGGUGAGGUGGAGGGGGUGAGAGAUGUGUUUUUCAAGAGGCGGUCGGGGUUUAUUGUCGCCGGUGCGGUUUUGUUGGAGGAGAUUUUUGGGUUGCUUGGGAUUGAGGAAAUGGAGGUGUCGGGGUAUGCUUUAGGAGAAGGUGUGGUUGCGGAGAUGUUGGCUGAGGUUUUUGAAGGUUAUGAUUUAAAUGCUAAUGUGAGGUGGAGGUCUGUUAUGCAGCUUGCUACGAGGUUUAAUAACAAGGAGAGGAUGAAGUGUGCUGCGUUAUGUGCAGCUAUUGCAAAAGAAAUCUUUGAAGGUUUGAAGAAACUGACUGAAGUAGGUGAUGCUUCCUUAAAUGACAAGGAUCUUGAAUAUCUUGAAGCUGCUUGUUUGCUUCACACAAUAGGGCAGUUCACCGGGAAAAAGGGGUACCAUAAACGUUCUUACCAAAUAAUCAUGAAUGGUGGGCAACUUCAUGGAUAUAACACCGAAGAGAUUAAGUUUCCAGUUAAUUGCAUUACUUUCGAGGCAUCACAGAAAGAAAUUUCCAAAACGUGGUCAUAAUUCUCUUGAAGGAUUUACAAAUGAGGCAGCAGAGAAGUUUAGAGUGCUUUGUAUAAUUUUGCGUUUAUCAGCACUAAUAACGCAAUCCAUGCCCAUAAACGUUGAAGACAUAGAACUUUCACAUUGCCAUGAUGGUUUAAAACUGGAGAUCAAAAACCAGUCUCUACAGUCUGCAGAUAUGAUAGAUGCAAAGGUUCAAACAAAGAAAGAGUUGGAACACUUUAAAGUUGUACUCAAACAGAAGUUGACUGUUGAGGUUUGUACAAACACUUCAGAACCAUUUGGUUAGUUGCUAGAUAUCUGAAUCAGGUAUAACUGCAAGCAGUGUGGUUAGUAAUUUAAAUUCCUAUAGAAUAAUCGUUGCUCUAUUUGAUGAUUAAUCUUAAAUUUAAGCUUGUAAUCAUUUAGCUAGCUCAUGAAAGAUGAAACCAUAGAAUGCAUUCGGGAAAAAAGGUUAUGUUCUUAUGAUCUGUUACAUAAUGAUGCUAGUUAUAAUCAUAUCCAUUUUAAGAAAUAUUUUUGAUUUUUUUUGUGAUUAUACUCUCCCUCUCUUGUGGUAGGUCCGCGGGAAUGGCUAAUAUUAAUUGAUGUUUGCAGAGGCUAUAAAAGUAGACUUUAAUAGUUCCACACCAGUUACACGUGGAACCCACAUCAGCAGCAGUGGUAGGCUGCAUGUAAUUAUCGGUGGACUUUUUCAAUGUGACAGUAGCACUUGGUUCGUGAGGUCUUCGAGUGGAAGGGCCGUCGCUUAACGGAUAGAAGUGUCAUUUGUGGCACGCAGGAAGGGCUCGAAAAGGAGUAAAAACCUGUCUUUUUUGAAAAAUAGAAGAAAGGGAGGAAUGACCAUAUUAGAGGUUGCUUGCGGAAACAGCGGAAUAGAUACUAAUUUUCCCACCAGUUGCAAGUGGGGAAAUGACAUAUUCAGAAGCAGGGCUAAGCUCCGAUUUACGUGGUACUUUGUUUAUUUAUUUGUGUAGUUGAAAAUCGAGAAUGCAGGGGAAAGAGAUCGCCAUUCCUUCCACACUUUAAGUGUUCUCAGUUUAGAUUGGCGACUUGGGAUCUUUUGUUUCUUCGUAUAUGAAAUACUUUCUGAAUGAUAAUAUCACCAAGUUACCCACGCACACAAUUUGGUUGGAAGGAUUCAAAUUAGGAGGGAACAGAAGGAACUUUUAGCUAUUUUCAGUGGGGUUCUAGCACAAUUUACAUUCCAUCCCAUUUCAGUAGUUCAAACAGAGCUCAUUCAUAUUACAGGUCAUGCCUGCUUCCAUUCGCAUUCUUUACAAACUUUAUCAAAUUUAUGCUGUCAAUUUCUUCGCUGUCACCACCUCCAUCAUUCUCUGCUACCUUCUUAAUUUGCUGUCACCAUCAUUCUGUGCUACCUCUUAUUUACCUUAUAUUUUCGCCUUUGUUCAAGCCAAGUGAGUGUUAAUGAUCAAGUAGAAGCAAUUUAAAUCAAUCAUGAAGCAGAGAACUUGUCUUGGGCUAUGUGGAAACUUAAUUUAGUGUUGCUAAAGAGGCGGACUCGGAUAUUGCAAUCCACUUUUUAUUUGCAUUCAUGUUACUUAUCUUUUAAUUUUAUUAAUAAGGCAGAGUUGUAUAUAAUAUUUAUUGCAUGAUACGAAGGUGGCUAAAUGGCAGCAAUGUAUAGGUGGAGGAAGUUGCGAAAAUUAAUAUUGCCCUUUCAACGUGUACUUUCUAAUAUCUCAAUCGAAAUUACAACCCGAAACAGAACGUGAAGAUUAUGCGCACCAAUUCAAUUGGUAAGCAAGCUGAGGUUAGCUGGUAAAGCAGAUCAACUCUCAUCACUAAUGAAUAGGGACCAGAAGCUCGGUCAAUUGGUCUCUCAUGGUUCUCACAAAAAGUUGUACGUGGACACAAGUAGAACCGUGAAUUUCUUUGAACUUGUAUCGUACCGAGUUGCUAUCAUCACUUGGUUCUUAUGAAUGAUUAGCACAAAAGGCUUCUAUGCAUUGGUGGCCUCUAUUUUAAACGGUACUGUGUAUAUUAAAUAUCUGCUGUACAGAAGUUUCUACUGAUUUAAUCUCAACAUUUUGCAUAUGAUGAAAAGAAAACCAGCACAUGACUGAAUCAAAUCCAGUCACAGAAGAUCUAUGGGCCCUUCUUUUUCAUUGACUAGUAUACGUGUAUCAAUUGGAAUCGCAAAGGCAAAGCUGGCUGCUGCAAGUACAUUUAAUCACUCUGCAGCAGCAACGUAUGAAACAGGUCGUGACAGAGGUUGCUCCGCCACAAUUUAUCUCUGUCAUCAGGCGGCCCGUGAAGAAAAUGGCCACUAUCGACGAGGAAGAACGUGAGAUUGUAAGCGGAAGCCUCUUGACGUUUUUCCAAUUCUCAAGAAGCGGUUUACGGUUGCAAUCUUCUGGUGUGCAUGCGAUCCUUGUCAACUUUUUUCAAGGAUACAAGUUUCAUUCUUUACUUUCUAUACUUUGUGCGCCAUCAUGUACCUGAUUCAUAUAACCCUUCUCGUCUAGGUUUUCUGUUAGUAGGCAGAACAGUGGAUAUUAUCCGUUUUUGUUCCUCGAUCGGGUUCUUUUGUAGCAUAAUAAGAACACCUAAGUUUUUAUAUACUAGUGGCAGUGGAUGAGUUUAUAUUUAUGAUAGUCUUGGUUUUGUAUAUUAUGUAUGGAUAUUGGAUCGUGCUUUGCUGUAUGUUCUAUGUAAUGCAUCUUGCCAGAAAUGUAACCAUCCUUUUGCCAGUAUUACGCAAAAUUAUAACUAUAACCUUUUACAUCAUAUUAGGCAAAAGUUAUAUUCACUGCAAUUCACAAUCAUUUGCUGAUACUGGAAGCAAGGGGGUGGCCAAAAAGGCAGCGGUGUAUAUUUUGUAAUUUAAUAAUCGACCAAAUUUGGAUUUAUAGAAGUCAAAAUAUUGAAAAAUCACCACGAAAUGAUUUUUAACCUUGUGCCAUGUCCUUCAAAUGUUUCUAAACACUAGUAAUACCCAACUCUUUAUUAUACCGUAUUAAGUAAUCAAUUAAUUUAAAAUCUUAAGACGUUAGAAAAAAGAUUUAUUAAGAUCAUAUAUUAUUCGACCCUUUACUAUCAUGUAUCAGUCCGGACGUAAAGGAGGACCAGAAUCUAGGGUGAUAUCUCUUGAAUCUCAUGAUUCUUACAACAAGUUGAACUGUGGACAGGAGCACUGCUAUUAAAUGGUUCUAAAAUUGUAUGCUACCAAGUUGCAGCCCUGCUAUUUGGUUCAGAUGAAUCCGCACAAAAGGUCGAUGCACUUGAGGCCAUGAGACCACCUUUCCUCUGUAUAUCAAAAUAUCUGCUAUACAGACAAGAAACCUAACAUACCAUGAACCGAAUCUCUUUCCGAAAGAUGUAGUGCCCCCUUUUUCAUUCUUAUAAAGCAUUCAUGCAAGUGGACUGUACCGGUACUUGGUAGCUAUACGCGUUUUUUGGACACGGACAAAAUCCAUCAAUUUGACUCAGCAGCUGCAACGUAAGUAGCAGACUAGCAGGCAAAUACUUUCUCACUUGUAUAAAUAAGCCUCACAAGUAUUGUUCCUUAGUAUCUUUACAAUUCAUUCCUCCUAAACUCAUAAGAUACAUCAUUUUCAGCUUCCAGCAUUUCCUUUUUCCAUAGAAAUCUGCAAUGACUAAUGUGCCCAAAAUGAGAGUGGUGACAGAAGUUAUUCCACCGCAAUUCAUCUCCCUUAUCAGGCGGCCCAUGGAGAAAAUGGCCACCAUCGACGAGAAAGAGACUGAGAUGGGAAUCGGAAGCCUCUCCGCCUUUCUCCAAAUAUCAACAAAGUAAAUAACAAGCAGCGGUUUGCUGUUGCAACCACCUUGUUAGUUUCAUGUGACUACAAAUAUGUCAGACUAUAUAGUUUCUAAAUUUUGUAGGCCAUGUUGUACCUGAGUCAUGAGAAGCUCCAUUUAACCCUUCCCGUCUACAUUUCUUAAUUGAUAGGGGAACCGUGGUUGUGAUUUGUUUCUGUAUCUCAGUUCUUUCGUAGAUAAUUAAGCACAUUUUGUAAUGUUCUUCGACAUCCUAGUAGGCAGUGGAUGAGUUUAUAAAUAAUGAUGAUUUGGUUUUUAAUC